GAUUUCUUUUUCACAAGUCCAAUGGAAACCGCGUCACCACCCAGCAGCCAUCAACCUAAACAAAAAAAAUUCAUUCUCAUUCCAUUUCCAAACUCGGAGAUUCAAUUUUUUCAUUCGUCUCUCCCUCUUAUCCGAAAUAAUUGACAUAAAAAUAAUAAUACAUUCAAUUUUUGUUUAUAAAAAAUUAGUGAUUCAAUUAGUUUUCUCAUUUCUAAUCACCUUUUUUACAUCUCCAUUUGAGUUUGUAGCGAUUUUUAUAUAUAAUUAACCCGUAAUUUUGUUUCGGAUUUGGCUGCGUAAGAGCAAGGAUGAAAGGUCUAUUAAGAGGUUUUAGAUAUAUUUCUCAAAUUUUUGAUGAGAAAGAACCCGAAAUGGAAAUUGGAUUUCCUACGGAUGUAAAGCACGUUGCUCAUAUCGGAUGGGACGGUCCUUCUGUCUCUAAGCCAAGCUGGAUGAAUGAUUUUCAAUCUGCUCCAGAGCUAACAAGUGAGACUGCAAAUCCUAUGUCAACAGAUACUAGCCAGGGCGAAAAGCAGAAGCGUAGGUCGCGGCGACAAGCAAAUGCGCUAGGCACAUCACCAGUGAAUUCUCCGAAUCGAAAAAGCAGUGAAGGAUCGAAGCAUUCUAGGCGUCAAACAACUACUGGCAUUGAGUCAGGUUCGCCCGUAAAUUCGCCCCCGCCCAAGAACUCGAGGCGCUUACGCUCUUCAAACACCUCAAUGGAUUCUCCAACUCGGGAUUCGGGUAGUGCUAGAGGGACGAGGCGGAAUCAGACAUCAGCUGAAUCACCUGUCCGAGAACAACCAGCUAUUCCGAGACAUUCUCGUGGAAAGAAAAAUAAAGAAGCGUCGAGAUUUAAAGACAAGAACUCUAAUGCAUCAAGCAUGUUGGCCUCGUCCGAUUGUGCAUUUGAACCGUGUGAAGCUGUGCAGGUUCCGGUGCAGGGAACAAAGAAUUAUGCCAGCCAUCUUACUUCAGUUUUGGAGCUAUACGACGAAGAGGAUAGAGUUGGAAAGCUGGAUAGAGAAAGGUGUUCGAAUGCGACAUGCUAAAACAACGGAGAGAGACCGGUGAUGGUUGCAGCUAUGGACCAAUUCUUAGGCAGACUUAGUAUUUAUGAGCUCAUUCGGUAGAUAAAGCGCACCCUCUUCGCUUUAGGCUCGACACAAUCUACCUGUGCAUUAGUAAAAUUCAAAAUGUGGCAUGUCAAUAGAUACUAAGCAAUUUGCUUUUGCUUUUGUUUUUUUUUUUCUUUUGUUUUUUUGCUUUCAUAUGUAUAUCUAUAUGUAACCUUGCAGAGUGGAGAAAUUCAGCAA